AUGGGUAUGAGAGGCGCCAUCAGUGUCAAAGAAAAAUGUUACAUAUAUUUUAAUCAAGAAUUAUCUUGGUAUGAUGCACAGGAUUACUGUAAGACCCAUCUGUACAGAGGUACUUUGGCAGAGUUCCACACGAAGGAGGAAAUAACUGCUGUGAAAUCUUUCCCCAAGAAAUCAUUUUUAGGAUUUUGGCUGGGCGCCAAUGACCUUGCUAAGAAAGGUACAUUCAUCUGGAUGUAUUCAGGGCUGCAGAUUGAAACUAAUCACAGCUUGUGGGGUCUUCAUCAGCCAGAUAAUGGUGGGAAUAAAGAAGAUUGUGUCAAUCUGUUUUCCACGAAUACAAUGAACGACUACGUCUGUAGCAAGACAUUGCCGUUCUUGUGUCAAACUGCACCCUAUGUCUGA